UCACGUGCUCCAUCAAGUCCCAUAUGCUCGCAUUACAGGCCCGACCUCACGCCCUACCGCGCAGCUUCUGUAGUUCCGCCAGGACCGUUGGUGGCGGUUGGAACGGAGCGAUGAGUGCGUUCUCGUGGACCCGGAAUGGAAUGCCGCCGUCAGGAGGGGUCUGCAGGUCCCCCUACGAACGGUUGAGUCAGAGGAUGCUGGACAUUUCCGGGGACCGGGGCGUGCUGAAGGAUGUCAUCCGUGAGGGAGCUGGUGACCUAGUGGCGCCAGACGCUACCGUGCUAGUAAAAUAUUCUGGAUACCUGGAACACAUGGACAGACCCUUUGAUUCUAAUUGCCAUAGGAGAACUCCUAAGCUAAUGAAACUUGGAGAGGAUAUUACUCUGUGGGGCAUGGAGCUGGGCCUUCUGAGCAUGCGGAGAGGAGAGCUGGCCAGGUUUCUCUUCAAACCAACCUAUGCCUAUGGAACACUGGGCUGCCCUCCCUUGAUCCCCCCAGACACCACCGUCCUGUUCGAGAUUGAGCUGCUUGACUUCCUAGACUCUGCUGAGUCGGACAAGUUUUGUGCUCUCUCAGCUGAGCAACAAGACCAGUUUCCACUUCAGAAGGUCCUUAAAGUGGCAGCUACAGAACGGGAGUUUGGCAACUACCUUUUCCGCCAAAAUCGUUUCUACGAUGCCAAAGUGAGAUAUAAAAGGCUACCCGGGAGGCUGAGGCAGGAGAAUUGCUUGAACCCAGGAGGUGGAGGGCGCAGUGAGCCAAGACCAUGUAAUUGUACUCCAGCCCAGGCCCUGUUGCUUCUGCACCGGCGAUCUGCACCCCCUGACGAGCAGCACCUCACGGAGGCUGCCAAGCUUCUUAUUCUCCUGAACCUGUCCUUUACAUACCUGAAGCUAGACCGCCCCACCUUAGCCCUGCGCUAUGGAGAGCAGGCUUUGAUCAUUGACCAAAAGAAUGCUAAGGCCCUCUUCAGGUGUGGACAGGCUUGUCUUCUUCUCACUGAGUAUCAGAAGGCCCGGGAUUUUCUAGUUCGAGCCCAGAAGGAGCAGCCCUUCAAUCAUGACAUCAAUAACGAGCUGAAGAAACUGGCCAGCUAUUACAAGGACUACACGGAUAAAGAGAAAGAAAUGUGUCACCGCAUGUUCGCUCCGUGUGGCGAUGGCUCUACAGUAGGAUAAAGCUGAAGUUGCUUGGAACAUGAGACUAUGACCAGAGUCAUUAGUGUGAUGGUUGGUGUAGCUGGGCUUUGACGCGUCAAGCUUCUCUUCAUCUGCUCUUUCCCGAGAACUCGAAAGCCUCCAACUUGACUGUUUCUCUAACACAUGACUAAAGCAGACGAGCUCCGGAUGUCACAGGGUAGAGGGGUGGGCUGCAGCUCUUAAAUUCUGCUUCCUGUUGUAGUUAGAGAUUUGAAGACGCUGAAAGCAACAGGGAGCAGAAUGUAACAUUCCUCCCGAGCACACACCUCUUUAUUUGGCAGGCCCAGGAUGGGGGUUCCCAAGUGCGUGAGAUAACCCUCCAGUCUGGUCUAUUUAAUAAAACUAAUGGAAACAAAAUCACCUGCCUGAAACACCUGCUUAGCCGAUAACUCUGCUCUCUUGAGAGAAGUUAAACAAGAACAAGAAAACAGCUGCUGACCGGGCUCAUGGUGAUAAACCUCCUUUGUUGCUUCCUCCGUCUCCCUACAAACGGGGCUUUCAAGGAGGAGGCAAUGAAAAGGCCUAUUCAUCCCAGACAUUUUCACAGUGGUCCACAAACUGCUCUGUGCACUUUGAGAUGUGCCCAUCAGCAUCACAGGUUAAUGUUGCCUUUGUCACUGAUGCUGGCCCUGGGAACCCAGGCUUUCAGGUCUUUCGGGGGCCUUUGGAGUACGUAUUCUCAGGUCUUCGGAACAAGGGAUGUCCCUUGUUUAGCCACUUCUAGUAUCCAGUAAAAAUGAAGGGCAGUAACUGUUGGCCAGGCAUUUUGGACCAUGGCCCCACAAGUCCGGCUCUGCCAGGGCCCAUCCCAGACCAGGGCUUGGGCAGCCCAGCCGGGCAGCAGGCUUCCUCUCCAUCAUGUUUGCCUCCCAGCCUCUUCAGUCUGUAGGACUGGAGGCUGCUGAUCUGGAGAUGGUUCCCCCAUGUUUCCCGCUCAAGCAUUGGUCUUACCAUCAGCAAUGACUGCAUUUGUGUUCUGAGGUAGCCUUGGCUGUCGUGCCACUGCUGUCCAGGUGGAGGUAAGUUUUAGCGUUUGUGUCUUUGCUCUCCCCACUCCCCGUUUUUGUUGUUGUUGAUGUUGUAUUUGUAACCUGGUCUUUUUAAAGAAGCUAAAAAUCCAGUCUUCUUGACAAUCUAGUUGUCACUAACCAGGACAUUUUUUUGAGACAGGGUCUCCCUCUGUCACCCAGGCUAGAGUGCUGUGGCGUGAUCUCGGUUCACUGCAACCUCCACCUCCCAGGUUCAAAUAAUCCUCCUGCCUCAGCCUCCCAAGUAGCUGGGACUACAGGUGUGAGCCACCACACCUGGCUAAUUUUUGUAUUUUAGUAGAGAUGGGGUUUCACCAUAUAAGUCAGGCUGGUCUCAAACUCCUGACCUCAGAUGAUCCACCUGCCUCAGCCUCCAAAGUGCUGGGAUUACAGGUGUGAGCCACCACACCCAGCCUAGGACAAUUUUAACUUUUGUUUUUUGUCUUAAGUGUUAGGUACCACUGACUUGUAAGCUCACUUCUAGUAGAAUGAGUGUUCUCUUACGUCUGUACUCUAAGCCUCUGGCUAUGGCAGACAGCAUGCCUUUCCCAUCUUUGUAUUUUCUAGCAUCUGGAGCCAUGCCUGGCGCACAAUUGGUGCUCAGGAAGUGUUGGACUAAGUGUGAACUAGCCAAAGUGGUAGAGCAGGCUCUCAUAAAACAUCCUCCGGGCCAGCUCUGGGACUGGCUGUCAGACCCUUGCUAUUGCCAAGGACGGAAACCCAUCUUUAACAUCGGCCAAAAAAAAAAGACUUGCAGAAGUCGUCCUGGGAGCGGCUCAUAGAGCGGAGGAGGAGUCGGGCAGUCCUUGGGCAGAUAGUGGCUGAGCAGCUCUGAGGGCCCUGGGGACUCGGUCUCCCCUCAACUUUGUUUUCUCCCUCCAUAGGGAGUGCCCACGCAUCCCUUUCUGCAGCCUCCUCCCUAAUGGAGAGUUCUGUACCCCACACCUCCCUCCUCUCCCUGUCCCAACCAUAACUCCAGUUUGAAAAAUCCUGGGCAGGACUCUGGCCUGACUGGAGGUACGUAAAGCCCCGUGAAUGGGAGUUUGUGUCUUGUCCUUCUACCCUGACAUGCUGGUAUCUGAGAACCACCCCCUCAUGAUCACUUUCUGUGUCUGGAAAGGAGCUCUGUAGCGAUCUUCAGCCAUUUAAGUGGUUAACAUACAGCAGGUGAAAUUUGUUCUGCGGUUUCCAAAGCUCAGGACCAGUGAGCCAACACAAUAGGAAGAGAGAAUCUGGCCUGAUGGGAGAUUUACUAGUCAGAGGUCCUAGCGAGAAUUAUCCCACCAUGGAGUACACAGUGGAAAGGGACCACUUUGACUGCUUGGGGCCUUGGGGAAGCAUCUGUCCCAGGCUUCUCCGCUGUGUUCCACAGGGCUGUGGGGCAUCUCCGGAGCUGGUGCAGUCCCUGUCAGGCUGUGUCCAAGCAGAGCUGGAGGGCCCUGAGAGGUUGGUGAUGGGAGAAAUUAGAUCACCUUCCUGGUCCUUUUUACCAUCAGGCAAUUGCAGACCUUCAAGGCAGAGGCAGCAGCUUCCAUUCCCAAGGCAUCCAGCCCCGAUGAAUUACUACGUCCCGUGCUUAACAUCAAAAAACACCCCCCGAGGAAAGGGAGCAGCGGGAGAAACCGGUUCAAGAGCAGACAACGAGUUUGUUGCCUGCUGGUCCCAAACAUACCAAAUGCAAGGAGUGGGCUGCCAGAGGAAACAGCGUUCUGAACAGGGGAAAGCCAUGUCCUGCCCUGCCCCAUGUAGCCUGCCUUCAUCACUGUCUCCUUCCACCUUCCCUGUGGGGAGCCAACUGUUACUGGGCACUCUGGAUGCUGUGUGGCACAUGGAGAGGGGUCCAGUACCACUUCUACAGUUCUGCCCUGCAGGGACUGGGGGUCUAAACAGGGACAGCAACACAAGUCCAUUAAAUCACAGAGUGUUCUAGAGUGGGCUGUGGGCGAGGGCCCCUGAUCAGAGAGAGGCUUUGCUGAGCCAGGCCUGGGGAAUGGGCCCAAGGGUACAGGGAGGGAGUUGUGAGAGGUCCUGUUAUUGUCCCUUCAUUUGGGGCCUCCUCAGAAUGUGGAUGGCAUUUUGUAGGGCAUCAGGGGAGGGGAAGACCUAGCCACAGCUGACCUGCUCUGAGAGGCUGAAGGGGCAGGUCCAUCAGGCGGCAGGUGUCUGAAUGAGGGGUCUGUAACUCCUAGGCAGCCUGGAGGUGAACCUACUGGCAGGAGCAGAGGGACGGCAGGAGGGUGCGGCCUCCCAUCUGGAGCUGACAGGAGGGCGCGCUCUGUGACGAAUUCUCAAGACAAAGCAGAGCUUACCUGAGGCAGCGUGACUGUAGUGCCUGAGGGUCUGAAGGUGCCCUGACCAAAGCUGUUGAUUGUGGAGGAGAGCAGCUUUAGCGGCGUGUCAGCCACCUGCUAACACGGGUGGGUGGGCAGGG